UGAUUUGCCUGCAGACCACCUUGCUGUUGUUCAGAAAAAAAAAUAUGCCCAUCGCCAGCACGAAAAUGCUCAGCGUGCUCCACCGCUUGCUCAGCCUGCUCCUCCUCUUGCACAAUAGCCUGUUCGUCCACCUGCUCCUCCACUUGCUCUGCACCCUGCUUCUCAACUGCCUGCUCGGUAACUUCCUUGACAUGUUCAAAAUUAUGCUCAGCAGGCUGCCCAACAUCUUGCAACUGAAGCAGAUCGAGCUCCAACAACCUCACACUGAGAGAAACAGCAGUUUCAACCCUAAACAUAUUGGAAUUUCUAGAUUUCUAUUUUUUAGUAUUUCCACUACCAAGUUGUUUGCAUAGGGUUACAGACCCAAUUUCAGAUCGACCCCCUAGUUAACAGUUUUGAGACCAAAGCGCACUAAAUCUACAGAAUAUGUUAUAUACGCAAGAGAUGAGGGACCAAAUACCAAAGACAGCUUCUCUUCAUUUUUUUCCCUGAACCCACCGGGCACAACCGAUACAGAAGAAAGCGGUGGUGCUCCUGCCCCGCAGGGGGCGAAGGCCGACGGGGGAUCGACCUGCUCCCCUUGAAUCCGCGGCGGCGAGGCAUCGGCGGCUCCUCUUGAGCACGCGGCGGCUGGGGAUCGAGGGCUCCUGUCGCCGUCCGAGCAGGCUGCGACGGUGGGGUAGGUCACCGACGACCACAUCGCUGAAUCCAAUGAAGGCUUCAGCCUCUUCGACAAGAGUUGAAGAUUGAAUCCUAGCCAUGGACUGCAACAUUGAUGAUCUUGAUAAGCAAAAUGAAGGAACAGAAGCUCAAGUAUACGUUCCUCAGGAUGCCCAAGGGAUUGUCCUUGCUUUUCUACCUGGUAGGGUUGUUGUCAAGCUUCGCAGUGUGUGCAAGUUCUGGCGAGACUGCAUUGAAGAGCCUAGUUUUGUGAACAGUCACCUGAGCAAUGCUUGCCGUUUCUACCAGUCCAUUGCUUGUUUCACCUCGCUUGAUCAUGGCCUAGUCCACAUGUACACAUUUGAUCCUGCCACAAUGAAUUUCAAAAGCGUGGAACUUGUGUUCUCAAAUAGGUUUCACAUGUCAGGCCCCUGCAAUGGCUUGGUGUGCCCAUAUGAUAUAAAAGGAGACGCUGAGGUCUUGAAUCCCACAACAAGGAAACACUUGAGGCUGCCAGAUUCAGUACUCAAGUCACGGUCUCUUUACUCUGAAUAUUUUGUUGGAUUUGUGCACUCCACAAAAGAGUACAAGGUAGUCUCUGUCCGUCACUGUGUGCGGUUCUUGGCAUUUGAAAUAUGCACUGUUGGUGCAUUGUCAUGGAGAACAAUACGUGAAUCUGCAGAGCUUCUGAAGGCAACGAAGGCAGUCAUUGUUAACGGUAGCAUGUACUGGCUACUUCUUCACAAGGCAUCCUCCAAUUUGUCUCGAGAAAUCCUGAUGCUCAAUCUGACAGAUGAGACGUUCACAAAAAUUGCCAUCCCUGAUGCUGUAAAAAAACAUGAUAUGGAAUUAUUAGAGGGGGAAGGAAAGCUUCUUUUGUUGUCAAAUCAUUAUGAUAGAUCAUCUAGAAUUACAGUUUCAGAUAUUUGGGUGGUGGACUUGACUCAUCAAGACUGGAUCCACUUGCAUACAGUUGCUCCUCGGAUGCCUGUGGGCAUGAACCCUUUUUUCCAGCUCAAGUCAAAGAUCUUCUUUGGCAACCAAAAGCGACUCAUCUGUGUAGAUCUUGAAGAUCGUACAGUUUCAUACAUCGAAAUGCCUUCUGGUGAGACUUUGAUAUCUUGCGGCAUGUUUGUGGAGAGUUUUGCACCUGCUGUGACAGGCUUGGUGAGCUCUACCGCGUCAUCAUAUGGUAACAGUUCUGGUCUCAAUGAACCAUCCUCAGCAGACCCUGGACAAUCUUUUCAAAAUGCUGAAUCAUCCUCAAUAGGCCGUGAUCAAUCUUCUGGUCUCACUGGAUGGUCCUCAGCUGACUUUGAGCCGUCCUUUAAUAGAGCAAAGAGAACAAUGGACAUGGUGUGGAAGAUAUGGAAACAUGGUGGUCUAUCUCUGUGCUGAACAUCAGCCGGUUCCUUUAGGCUCAUACAAGUUGCCAUCUUUUGUGUGUAAGGUGCGAUGCUGUGUUUGCUCAUAGGUACGGUACUGGUGGGAAUAAUAAGCCAUGGCAAUGGACAGAGGAUGCCAAAACAAAAAGGGGGGGGGGGGGGGACUGAAUAAACAUCAAGCUUGGAGCGCCUGGCUUGGUCUAUGGAUUAUCCUCUACGGACACAUCAGCUGGUUCCUUUUGCCUCGUACAAGUUGCCAUCCUUUGUGUGUCCUGUAUUUGUUCAUAACUCAUAACUGUGGUACUCGUGGAAGUAAGAAGCCAUGGCAAUGGGACAGAGGAUACUAAAGGAACUGAAUAAACAGCAAGUGACAUGGCUGUGACUGUGCUUCAAAAAUGACAUGGCUGUGACUGUAACCUAUAAGUUGUGGGCAAUAAUGUUUACCCCUGCUUGUGGGGUUUGUACAGCUGAGAAAUGCUGAGGUUAUUGUUUUGCUCUGUACCUGUAAGCUGUGUCUGUAUGUAUGCAUUGAGUUUGUGAGCAAAAUGGAUCAGUAAAAAUUGUUGCUUAUAUUAUUAUGUAAAUAUAGGCAAGACAAA